CCGACCUCCGGAUCCGGGACGGUUGCGACCACGCCAUGGCGGAAGCGAAAAUGCUGACGAUCGAAGACAUCAUCUUCGGGGCAAAGGAAAGGAAAAGUCUCGACAAGGAGAUGCACAGUGAUGGCCAGUGAUCGCUCAAACGUAGCUCCAUCUUUGAAGUUGGGGUGAAGGUUGCCUUCGUAGUCUGGCAAUGGAUGCUGUACAACAGGCCAACUCCGGCCAUCCUGGUACACCCAUGGCCAUGGCGCCAGUUGCCUACGCCCUUUGGGCUCGGAUCCUGAACUACGACCCUGACUCGCCACAGUGGAUGAACAGAGAUCGCUUCGUGUUGUCCAUGGGCCAUGCAUCCAUGUUGCUCUACGGCCUUUUGCAUGUGGCAGGAGUGAAGGAAAUGACGCAGGAAGGGCAUUCUACGGAGAAGAUGGCCGUCUCCUUGGAUGACAUCCGCAACUUUCGCCAGUUGGGUUCGCGCUGCCCGGGCCACCCCGAGUUCGGCGAGACGGGCGGCGUGGAGAUGACCACAGGCCCACUGGGGCAGGGUGUAGCCACCAGCGUCGGCAUGGCCAUGGCCUCCAAGUGGUUUGCUUCUAACUUCAACAAACCGGACUUCCCCUUAUUUGGAUUUGACGUCUUUGCGCUUGCUGGGGAUGGCUGCUUGCAGGAGGGCGUGAGUGCAGAAGCUGCCAGUCUUGCGGGGCACCUGAAGCUGAACAACUUGUGUUGGAUUUGGGACAACAAUCAGAUCACCAUUGAAGGCAACACCGCGUGGGCCAUCUCCGAGGACAUCCCUACGCGCUUCAUUGCUUAUGGCUGGAACGUGCUGCGCGUGGGCGAUGCCAACGAUGUGGAAGCUUUGACACGAGCUUUCUUGGCUUUCAGGCGAGAACAGGAGCGGCCCACGUUGAUCGUGGUCGACUCGCACAUCGCCUGGGGUGCUCCGACCAAGCAGGAUUCCUUCCACGCACAUGGCACUCCACUGGGAGAGAAGGAGGUUGCUGCAACUAAGCAUAUCUACAAUUGGCCCAAUGAGAAGUUCCUGGUGCCCAAUGAGGUCAAGGAGCACUUGAGGCAACAGAUGGCACAGCGCGGUGGGUGCAACUGCCAACAAUGGGAGAAGAUGUUGGAGGAAUACAAGACCCAAUAUCCAGAAGAAGGAAAAUUGUUGCAGAACCUACUGGAUGGUCGUCUUCCAGACAACUGGGAUCGCUUCUUUGAAUCUUUUCCAGCAGACCCAAAGGGACUGGCCACGCGGCAGUCCUCCAGUGCUUGCCUGAAUUAUGUCUCCAAAGGCAUGCCGUGGCUUCUGGGUGGAUCAGCAGAUUUGGCCAACAGCUGCCUGACCACCUUGAAGGAUGCUGAGGACUUCUUGCCACCGGCCAGUCGCUGGGGUCACUAUCGUGGUCGCAACCUGCAUUUUGGCAUUCGCGAGCACGCCAUGGGCUCGGUGAUGAAUGGCUUAGCCCUGUGCAAACUUCGCCCAUUUGGCUCCACCUUUUUGGUCUUCAGCGACUACAUGAGGCCUCCAAUCCGCAUGGCUGCGAUCAUGGAGGUGCCCAGCAUUUUCAUCUUCACCCACGACUCCAUUGGUGUCGGGGAAGAUGGGCCAACACAUCAACCGGUGGAACAACUCUGUUCCCUCCGCUGCAUUCCUGGGCUCUCGGUUUUCAGACCGGCAGAUGCCAACGAAUGUGUGGAGAUGUGGAAACACAUCGUUCCUUUGCAGGACGAGCCAGUGGCCGUGGUCUUAUCGCGCCAGGCACUACCCACGUUGGAUCGACAGAAGUUCAGCUCGGCCAGUGGCCUUCACAGGGGAGGUUAUAUUCUGCACGACUCGAGUAGCAGCUGUCCUGAUUUGAUCUUGAUGGCCUCUGGCUCUGAGGUACAUCUGAUGUUGGAGGCUCACGAAGUGCUGAGCCAACAAGGGGUCAAUGUGCGAUCAGUUAGUAUGCCUUGCCUGGAACUCUUCAAGAUGCAGCCCCAGGACUACAUCGACGAAGUCCUUCCUAGGCAGUGCCGCGCCCGCGUCUCCAUUGAAGCCGGUAGACACCAUAGCUGGGGAUCGCUUAUUGGAAUAGAUGGAGAGCACGUUGGCAUGAUCUCCUUUGGAGCUUCCGGUCCAAGCAAACGUGUGCAGGAGGAAUACGGCUUCACCAAGCAGGCCGUGGUCAACGCGGCAAAUCGAGUGAUGAGUGGCCGACCUCAGGAAAUGUCGACGCGAGCCUUAGGACUUUUGAGUUGGAAGAAGCGAAGGCUUUCCAAGUGAGAACUUGCAACAGCCUUAGCGACUUUGGUCGAGGAACCUGGGCUACGGCUACCACUUGUGCUGCAUUAAUAAUUCACCCGGCCGGGUACAGAACAGGUCGUCGUCCGUGGAGGACCCCAUUUUGAG